AUGGGUGGUGUAUAUACACGUGUAGUAAACGUGGCAUCACUGCGACCUGGUGACCAUGUGUGUAUCUGGGACUACAGUCGCUGGCCCAUUUCUUAUCAACAUCAUGGUAUUGUAUGGGCUUCGGGUAGAACGGCUGUUGAUAUUCGCGUAUGUCACGUCUGGAGUCCACUUGAAGGUUUUCAGGAAGCACAGGCAGAUUCGUGUUCUCGCAUUUCAACACUGGAGGAAUUUCUGGAUAAUCGCAAGCAGAAACAUUUACGUCUUGUUGAGUACCAUACGUCAGGACUGCGAGAGAUAUUGUCAAGGUGGGGUGAAGUACAUUUAAGUAAAGCAGAUCUACCGGAAGUUGUCCUAGCACGAUGCAAAUUCCUAUUGGGAUUGGGAAAAGGAGAUUUCAACCUUUUCACACAGAAUUGUGAGCAUGCGGCGCAUUGGUGCAUGACAGGCGAGCAAUGGUGUAAACAGACACUUACUAAAGCCAAGGGACGUGUGCCAUUUGAAAAGCGAUUGACAAAGGAAGAUGUGGACGCGCUCGAGAAGGACGUGGAGGAGAUUAAAGCUAGCUCGCGCUCUGUUGUCAGUAACGUGCUGAAACUUUCAGGCUCCAAGGUGUUCCUACGUAUCAAGGACAGCUACUUUUUACGGGUACAUGUGGACGGAACCGUCGGCAUUGUGCCGCAAGGAUAUGAUCCAGUGACAUGUGGCCGAACGGCUUUUCGUCUCGAGUGUUACGCUCGAGGUUAUAAUAGCAUUCGUUUGCGCUUUUUCCAUGAAGAAUCUGGUUGCUAUAUGUUCAGUCGCUCCACAAUUAGCUGCUUUCGCGAUUUGCGGAUGAAGAAGGCAAGGACUGUGCGUGGCAAGUCAGGCUUUACCUGGGAGUAUUCGACACUUGGAUACCUUAGGAGCAUGAACCAGCACAGACGGUAUGUGGGUGCACGGGACGACGGCUUGUUGCUGGAUGUAAGCAUGCGCGGUGACGCAGUACGCGUGGAGCUCGUUACAUGUAAAGGAGACGCCGAGGCGUACGCUCGGCCAGAUAUCCACCAGGUCACGCGCACGUACAACCAAGAAAAACCCGUGACGCGUACAGAUUGGGACUACAAAGCGAUCAUGCUCAUCAAGUCGUCACCCACAUCAUCUACCACGACCCCCAUGUCGGAACGAGCAGCAACUGUAGCAGCGUUGCCGCUACUCUUGGAGACUGUAUGA